AAGCUUGGGAAGGGCAGUGCAAAACGAUGACGGUUUGGAGUAAAUGCUCCGCCUCCAUCUCUAUUCUCUCCCUCUCCCGAAUCAACAAAUUACCUCCGAUUCAAAAUCUCAGCAGCAGAAGAUUCUCUGCACAAAUGUCAACCGCCUCAUCGCCGUUCCAAAUCACUCACUCUAUAACGCUGCCGACUCAACCUACCGAACCGGUCACUGUUGUUGCUGCACCUGGUGUUUCCGAUGCCGAUUUCAGAUAAAUUCUGCAGGAAUGCUAUUGGUUGCUCGUUAUUCGAGCAGUGGCUAAAGAAUAUUCAAAGUGAGAAAGGGCUCCUUGCAGAUGGAUCUUUGUCUUUAAGACAAGUGCUCAUUCAGGGGAUAGACAUGUUUGGCAAGCGUGUUGGCUUUCUUAAAUUUAAAGCAGAUGUCAUUGAUAAGGAAACGGGACAAAAGGUUCCAGGUAUUGUUUUUGCAAGAGGCCCAGCUGUAGCUGUUCUAAUCCUACUGGAAUCCGAAGGGAAAACCUAUACUGUGCUUACGGAGCAGGUUAGGGUACCUGUUGGGAGGCCAGUUUUGGAGCUGCCGGCUGGAAUGUUAGAUGACAAUGUCGGUGAUAUUUUUGGUACAGCUUUACGUGAGGUCGAAGAAGAGACUGGAAUUCAGUUAAAACUAGACGACAUGGUCGAUCUCACAUUGUUUCUAGACCCUUCCACCGGGAACAAAGUUAUCCCCUCGCCAGGUGGAUGUGAUGAGGAACUUAGUUUACUUCUGUACAGAGGAAGCGUAGGUGCAGAUGUUAUUAAACAGCUGCAAGGAAAAGAAACCGGGCUCAGGGAACACGGCGAGCUGAUCAAAGUGCACGUGGUUCCUUACGACACACUUUGGCAUAUGACUCCUGAUGCUAAAGUAUUAAUGUCAAUCGCCAUAUAUGAAAUGGCUAAAAAAGAAGGCUUGCUGCCUCACAAAAACUGAUUUGCGGGUUUGUUUUUUUAAAGCCUGAUGUAAUUUACUUUGGCAAUUGGUAAUAACAUCUGUAAUUGAGAGUUUGUGUAAUCACGGAUUCUUCCUUUGAAA